AUGGACAGCAGUGCUGAAAGGCUUUGCAUGGCACAGAAGUUAGAUAUUCCCACAAACCAGUCACCUUACUAUGUCUAUCCCUUUGGCCUGCAUGCUGCUCAUCGUGUCCACUGGGAUCUCGAGAUUCAGAAUGACACUUUAUACCUUCGCUCUCGGAAGUGCCACAGGGUCGCACCUGGCAAUCAUUCAACUUGCCAUGAAUGCCGCAUGUUAGCAGAUUCCAAGCUAGUAAAGGGAAUUAGAAAGCAUAUUGAAAAUGGGACACCACAAACUGCAAACCAUCAUCUUUGGUCAUGGGGUACCCUCCGUCAGGCCUUGGUGAAGGCACAGAAGCAAUUGGCAAUGCAUCAGCUUCUGGCAUUCAAUGCCAAUGUGCAGUUAGGACGAAAGACACGGGCAAUUGAUGAGCAUAAACGCUUGCUCAUGAUUGUGUCAUCUGGGGAUGUCAAGCAGGCCGAUGCUGUGAUGCGAGUAGCAUUGAAGAGGAGGAUGGGUGUGCACAGAAUCAUGGAGCUCUUUAUGAAAGCGGCAAAGAAGGUGUACGCAGCUAGGUCCUUCACUGAGCAAGAAAUGGAACUGGGCUUACUGUUUCUUCGGCUGGGAGGCACCCGAUUGGCGAGCAUUGCACACAAUGCCCUUGGCACCCCUGCUGUCACCACACUUCAGCACAAUCGACCAACAGAGCCACUCCGCAUCUCAACCGGACUCCCAACUGCCCAUGAACUUCAUCAUAACCUCUCGGUCUCACAGGUUGCCAGGACCUUUGGGAGUGGGGAUCACAUCAAGCAGCAUAAUGACAUUCUUGGGGCUUACAUUCUCAUGUUUGAUGAGAUCAAGAUUGAAGAAGUUUCGCGGUAUGAUCCAUCCACCAAUAACAUUGUUGGGGUAUGCCGUGAGCAUAGUAGUGGGUUUGCACUUGAGUAUGUGAGUGCUGAUGAAGCCGAUCACCUAUUUGAAGGGGUCCGGGAUGGAGCGGUACACCUGGCAGUGGAGGCUACCAUUGGAGCCGUGGGCUCUUUGUCAUCAUCUGCAAGGAUAUAUGGUUCCCGUCCGAUUCUAAUUUCGCCCACAUGCAAGCGCAAGAACGCUAGCAGCCAUGCCAAAUUAAUUGAAGUUGUUAUCGAGGCAUGCAGGAACGACUUGAAGGGUCCACUGUACAGUCUUGCAUCUGAUGGUGAAUCGUGUCGAGGGGCCGCACUUGCCCAGAUCACACUGAAGGAACCCCUCUCCGAUACAUCCCCCAUCUAUCCCUUACUUUCCCCCCUUCCAUUAUUCAACCAUCUUGUUGGUAAACAUGACAUAACCUGUGAUAAGGACUAUAAGCAUCUCUUCAAGAGAUUACGCACACUCACCCUGCACCCAGUGGGUUUCAAUGUUUUUGACACAAUCAUCACUCCGCAAAUCCUCGAGAAACACCUUCGUCAAAAUGGGUUGUCAUUCACAACAAUCCGGGCUUUGCUGAACCCAGCUGAUAAACAAGAUGUACCGAAGGCUAUUGAGUUACUGAAGGCCAUCUGGGAGCUUCCCUUAAUUACCGAUGACAAGGAUCCAAUCAGGACAGCCCAGUGUUGUGCUCUCUACCUUUUUGGUCACGUUUGUUUCUUGUUUGUGCGACCCUAUAUCGACAUAACACUUAGUCUUUGGCAGCAACUUGAACAUCUCAGUGCUGCCGCACAUUUGCUCCUGGUCCUCUUCAGGGCAAAUCCAAAUAAGGGACGAUUUAUGCCAACACAACUCUAUGUUGACAUCCAGAUUGCCGUCAAGAAUGUUUUCUUUUGCAUAGCGAAAGAAAAAACUUACAAUCAAGAUGGGAAAUUCUAUAUCAUUCUCCUUGGAACAGAUCGCCUCGAGAUCGCAUUUGGUAUUUUACGCACAAUGAUUGGGAAUGAUGCAAAUGCUGAUACACUUCAGCUAUCAACCCGAUUGUUGCAUGUAACUGAAAUCCAAAACAUACUUGCUCACCAUCCGGAAUGGGACCGGAGUCCACAGCGUCUGAGGCUACCAUCCCUUCAAGAACUGGAAAAGGAAUCGCAGCGUAUUGACCAUAUCACACCAGCACUCUGGAAGGGGGACGUGAGCAUCAAAUAUGUACUCCCCCUGACAUGUUGGAUGAAUGGGCGUUCACUUGCUAUGACUGUUGACAGUAAAAUUGCUGGACAAAUCAACAACAUUGCUACUCACGGAGGGAUUGAUAUGCUCUCACCAUUUGGACACCUAAUCGUGAAACUCGAUAUAAAUCCAUCUGCUGCAAGCAAUGAUGAUCUUGAAAGGGAGGAUGAGGAUGAUGUCGGAGAUGCUACGGUCAUCUCGUCUUCAGGGUCAAGCACAGGCGCUCUGGACGUUGACAUUCUGGGGGACAUUACCGAUGACCAUACACGUAUUUCAUCCUACCUCUCAAUCUGUGACGAAAAAACUGGAGAAGAGAAGACAAUCCAUAAAGCACAGGCAUUGAAAGCCCUGUUACAGAGUAUUGUCCAUCAAAAAGGAUCCCUAGAUUGGCAGAAGCGAAUUGCUGGGCUCACCCGAUUUUCAGUUACACCUACCAGCGCAACAAGCGACGCUGAUGCUGAUGACAGCAGCUUCGGUGACACACUUUGCAUUGGGGAUCCGGCAGUGACCCUCAUCAUUGUUGAAAACACCCCAUUCCUGGCUGUGGUUCAGAUAUCUGCAUUGAAAAUCGAUGGGCAAGGAACUCAAGCCAUACCUUUGACAAUGCUCUCUGAACGCGUUGUUGAGGUCAGUUUCCACAUUCUCACACUGAAAAGCAAGACGACCUAUGAGGGCAACGAGGACUGGCCAUGGAAAGACUGGAAACUGGAAAUGGAGAGCAGUAAGAUGAAGGGAGCAUACCUUCAUCCCAUUAAUCCGACUAUCCAGCAAGAUGAUGUGGCUGGUCGUGCAACAUUUAUCUUCACAAAAACAGAACUUCAGGGGCUAGCGGCAUCACUGUUGAGCAUCUGUGGACUCCAAGGAAUGUCUGACCUACCAAAGGCAAAGGUAUCUCCUACAUUUCUUUACAGGAAUCCUGUUGGUAAGCCUGAGACGAUUCAGUCAGGGGUUGCGGAUGCUAAUAUCAGCUGA